UUGGCGGGUUUUAGGAAAGUGGAGUCGGGGCGGAAGAGACGGGAGUCAGUCAGACCAGCUCCGAGAUAGCGAGAAAAAAAAGGGGGCUCUGCGUCGGACACAAGAGCAGCGGGAGAACCGGUGUCGGGCUUUUUACAUUGUUAUUUAAUUAUCCUGGAGGCCGGGGCGGCAGGCUGAAGGAGUCCGGGCCAGCUCGCCCCCGGUUGAUGACCAUGGCGCAGCAGACCCUCUGUGAGGAAUUGGAUGAGCUCUCACAGGAUUUGGAUUGUGAUGUUCCAGACCACAAAGAUGCAAGUAAACUGUACAAAGUCAAAUGGACUUCAGAAGAGGAUGAAAGGUUGAAGAAGCUGAUAAAGCAAUUUGGCAAAAAUGACUGGAAACUUAUAGCAAGUAAUUUCUCAAACCGAACAGAUACUCAGUGCCAACAUCGGUGGCUGAAGGUUCUGAAUCCAGAGCUUGUGAAAGGUCCAUGGACGAAGGAAGAAGACCAGAAGGUAAUUGAAUUAGUUCAGAAAUAUGGGCCAAAACGUUGGUCGUUGAUUGCUAGGCAUUUAAAAGGUAGACUUGGCAAGCAGUGCCGUGAGCGUUGGCAUAAUCACCUCAAUCCUGAGGUUAAGAAAUCAUCUUGGACAGAAGAGGAGGACAAGGUUAUUUAUGAAGCACACAAGGUCCUUGGCAACCGAUGGGCAGAGAUUGCGAAACUACUACCAGGAAGGACAGACAAUGCCGUAAAAAACCAUUGGAACUCUACAAUGAAGAGGAAGGUGGAGAUGGAAGGUUAUUUGCAAGAUGGUAACCAGAAUAUGCCUAUGUUUUUAUUUACUCAUUUGGAAGAUGGUGAAAUCCAAUGCUUCAGAACCACAAUGACACAGCCACCUUUAAAACAAGAACCUGUCACCGUGGAAGCUAUUUCGCAACCGACCUCUGUUACAAUAAAGCAGGAGGACAGUUGGUCGGGCAGUCUUCUUACGGAUAACUCCUUACAUUGUGAUCAUGGACUAUCAGCUACUUCUGAAACUCAGCAAGAACAGUCCACUUCAGAUCAAUCCCAGGAGCCUAACCACUCCACAGAAGAGGAUUCUGCUAGUACAUUUGUGAUUGUGGAAUGUGAGGGAAUAUUUUCAACACAGACGAUCCCUGAAUUUUCUGAACCUUUGGAGCUAAUCAAGUGUGAUCAAGAUGCGUGGUCCGAUCUACCUUGCUUUGAUUUACCGGAAGAUCUUGUCAAGCAGACACCAGUUGAGACCUUGCAGCAGACUUUGACAGAAUAUCGCAUUGAUGCAAAUACCAUCUCUGACCUGAGCAAAAGUGCAAAGAAGGGUGAACUCAUUCCCAUGAUCACCUCCCCAGUUGCAGGAAGUUUUAGUACUCCUCCAACAAUCCUGCGGCGCAAGAGAAAAACAAAAAUUACACUGUCACCGGUUACUGAAGGCAAUUCUAAUAAUAGUUUUACAAUCAUUGAAAGCAGCACCAGCAGUAGCAUGACUCCGAAAAGUACCCCAGUGAAGACCUUACCUUUCUCGCCAUCGCAGUUUUUGAAUUUCUGGACCAAACAAGACAGUCUUGAUAUAGAGAACCCAUCUCUUACCUCUACGCCAGUGUGUAGCCAGAAAAUCAUCGUUACAGCCCCACUUCAACGAGACUACACACCCAAAGUUCAGAAAGAGAACUCUGUAUUUCGAACACCCAGAAGUCACAGAUCUCUUUUGGACAGUACACCGAGAACACCCACACCGUUCAAAAAUGGACUGGACAAAUGUGGAGCUGUGAAGCCUCAUCAUCCAGCACCUCAGUUUGAAGAGGAUCUAAAAGAGAGUUUGAAGAGCAUUUUGCAGGAAGAUGAAGCCCAGUUAGUAAAACGGAAGCAACAUGGGCUACACAGGCCACUUAUGAAGAAAGUGCGGAAGUCGCUUGCUUUGGACAUCUUGGAAAAGGAUGGGGGCAGUGCAAAUAAGGCAACACCAAGCACUGUCAGCAUGCGCACACAGAAGCAAACAGAAGACUUCUUAUCAAGAACUUUGAACAACUCUUCUAGUAAAAAGGAUGAUACUCUGGACAGAGGUUUUAUUAUACCCAAUAAGGAGACUAGUUUUUCUUCCAAACGUUAUAAUCUAGAAACACCAAAAUGGAUGACUAGUGCUUGGGAAGCAGUGGCCUGUGGAAGAACAAAGGAUCAACUAAUAAUGACUGAGAAAGCCAGGAAGUAUUUAAAUGCCUUCAAAUCCACACACACCUCCAGGACUUUGAUUUUAUAAUGCUGUACGGAAUACUCUAAUGCACUAACAAUUCUAGUCAAAAGGAUUAUCUGGUGGAAUGCUAGCUAUCAAAAUGUUUUAAAUGCAUCCAUGAAACAUUAAGUUCCAGUGGUGGUUUGUUAUUCCUGUAGAGGAAAGAGAUUGUUCCAAUGACUGAUGAUUUCAUAAAACAACUAUUCCAUAUCAUCAGUUUGUAAGUUCCAGAAUAUAAGAGCAUGAUUUGAAAUUUAUACACUUCUUUUCAACAAAAGAAUCUUGCAUUAACAAUUUAAUGUUAGCUUCAAACUCUCCUUUCACCAGAAGACUUCAGUACUGAGCAAUCACUGUGCAGGAUAAUGUGUGUGUGGUGUUGUGACUGAGAUGGGUUUAAUGCUGGUCGUUGCAGCUUUGUUUCCAGGGUGCAUUGUCUUGACUGCUUACAGAAGAUUUUAUCAUCAGAACAAACUUAAAAAUGCUGAACAUCUCUCUGAUAGUAAUGUGAAUUGAGAAGUUAUCCCUCCAUAAUAUUUCUUAUUUCAGAACCCUUCAUGCUAAGGUGUGCAUCUUUAUAGCUGAUUUUUUUCGUCAUUGCAGUGUUAAAGCAUAGAAGUUGUACUAUGCUUAUAUAAACUCGCACUUGAGUUCUAAAUCUUUUUACAAAUUAUCUUAAUUGUCCUUUUACAAAGUGUAGCUUUUAUUGUCACUGACCUACCCUUCCAGGUUUGUUAUGCGUGAUGAUUUUUCAAAUAACAAAGAUGUAGAUAUCUAUCAACUUCCAUUUGUUGCUUUUUUAAUGUUAACAAAGCAGUUUUUACAACUAACAGAAUCUUUCUGAAAGGUUCUGUUCCAGGAACCGUUCCAGAAUUAACUGUGUAUAGUGUUUUAUGAUUUAUAAAUAAGAAAUUAAUACAGAGCAACAGCCAUUAAAAUCAAUUCAGGAUUCAUACAGACGCUCCCCAUAUUCAUUGCUUUACUUAACCAUAAAUAUGCCAACAUCCCAAUGGGAUUUAAGAGUCCAUCUGUUUUAAUUUUCUUUAUUUCCAGUAGCCAUGCAGUGCCCUUUUGUGUAAAAGUUUUGUUCUGUUUUCCUCAACUCCUCCAUGGUGGUGUUUGUGCUCCACGUGGUGAGGGCGGAGUGGAACUGUUUUUGAUUCUGCAUCUUGAGCGGUGGUUUUAUAGCCACCUUGGAACAUGGCUUUUUUUUUGCUUGAUUGAUAUCACAACUUUACAAGGAACAUAGAACAUUACAGCACAGUACAGGCCCUUCAGCCCAUGAUGUUGUGUCAAUAUUUUAUCCUGCUCUAAUAUCUACAUGACCCCUCCCACAUAGCCCUCCAUUUCUUUAUCAUUCAUGUGUCUAUCUAAGAGUCUCUUAAAUGUUCCUAAUGGAUCUGCCCCUACAACCUCUGCCAGCAGUGCAUUCCACACGCCCACCACUCUGAAAGAAUUGCCCUGAUUGUUUAGAUUUGAAUAGUUGAAGAUAAUGGACAGAGUAUGAAGUUAAAAGCAUCAUUAAAGUCUGGGCUUUUUACAAUGACCCUGGCUUAAGGGUGAUUUCUAUAAGAAUUCUCAGUGUGAUUUCACCUAAAAUUUGUGCCUUUGUGUGUUGUCUUUGCUGGCAUGGCUGGACUUUUUUUGUGUAAGUGGCUUCUAGUUUCACUGUAGUCAUUGGAUCUGACGUGCAUUGCCUACCAUGCUCUCCUAGUAUUUGUGGAACAUGAGAAAUAACAUCUGCCAGACAAAGAAGAGGCUAAAGAUAUGUUUUUAAAAUGAAGACCAACUAAUACUCAGGCAAAUGAUGCACCUAGUAGUUACUAAAUCAGCAUGCUAAAAAUAAUAUCUGGCCACAAGAGACUACAAUACCUUUUGUAGAUUAUCUCUUUCAGUAAGUUAUAUCACAAGACUUUUGCAGGAAGCAGAUUUUCUGGCUGUGUACAUAGGUGAUGCUGCAACUACUAAAUUGUCAGAGUUUAGAUUCCAGAACAAAGACUGAAUGAACUGUGAUUUGAGCAAUGUAUUUCAUAUCACAUUAUUUCCCUUAUGCAGACAGAGCUUCCAUCUUUAAGUUGAAUCCUUUGUGUGUUUACCUAAUGGCUUGGGUAUCUUAAGACUGGAAUUUUUUAUUAUUAACUAUUUACACAGACCAAAAUCAUACAAGCUGUUCCAGCUCCAGAGUAACAUCUUGUAAUGAUUCUGAACUCGGGAAUUAAAUGUUACAAGCACUUGAAUAGUAAGGGAAGGCACUUCCCAUUGAAUAUUCUAUCUAAAAUAUGAUUAUGCAGCUAGAUAUGGAUAUCAGUCAUUGACACAGGAAUAUUGUUUUACAAUCUGUGGUUACAACAAGUUUAUAAAUGUGAUUUAAAGAACAUGUUUUUAUUAGUGUCUUAUUUUAUAUUGAGGUCUCAAAAUGCUACACAACCAAUCGCAAUAGUGACUCACAGUUAAAAAUAUUUAAUUUUUUUGUGCUGUGAAUUUGACUCAAUGCAAAUUUAUUUUAAAAGAAAAUCCUUUACAAGUAAUUGUUAAAUACAUUGAACAAAUGGAAUCAUUUGUUGAAAGAAUUUAAAUGAGGAAUCAAGAGGGCUAAAAGGGGCCAUGAAAUGUCCGUGGCGAGUUGGAUUAAGGAGAAUCCCAAGGCAUUUUAUACCUGUAUUAUAAACAAGAGGUUAGCUAAGGAGAGGGUAGGGCCACUCGAGGACAAAGGAGGGAGUUUAUGCCUGGAGCAAGUAGAAGUAGGCGAGAUACUAAAUGAGUACUUUGCAUCGGUAUUCAGUGAGGAGAAGGACGUGGACAAUAGUGAGGUGCCUGUUGAUACUGAGGAGGGGGUGUUGGGCCUUUUGAAGGACAUUUAAGGUGGAUAAGUCCCCGGGGCCUGAUGGGAUCUAUCCCAGGUUAUUGAGAGGCAGGAAAGCAGAUUGCUGAGGCCUUGACAGAGAUCUUUAUAUCCUUUUUACCGACUGGUGAGGUUCCAGAGGACUGGAAAACAGCCAAUUAUUGUUCCUUUGUUUAAGAAUAGCGGUGGGGACAAACCAAGAAACUAAAAGCUUGUGAGCCUUGCAUCAGUAGCAGGGAAAUUAUUGGAGAAAAUUCUUAGGGAUUCUUAUUUGCAUCUGGAAAUUCAUUGAGGAUAGUCAGCAUGGCUUUGUGCAGGGGAGAUCAUGUCUUGAGUUCUUUUGAGGAGGUGAUGAAGAUGUUUAAUGAGGGUAGGGCAGUGGAUGUUGUCUACGUGGACAUGAGGGACUUUGUCAAAAGCUUUACUAAUGUUAGGCUGAAGAUUAAGGCAUAUAGGAUCCAUGGAGACUUGGUUGAUUGGGUUGGCCAUAAAAACCAGAGGGUAGUGAUGGAGGGGUGUUAUUCUGACUGGAGAUCUGUGACCAGUGGUGUUUUGCAGGGACCAAUGCAGGGACUUCUGUUGGUGCCAUUCUGCAAUACAAGAUGUAGGUGGGCUGAUUAGUAAGUUUGCCAGAUGAAAAUUGGUCAAAGGAUAUAGGAGGAUAUAGAUCAGUUGGAAAUAACAGAGUAUAAUCUGGAUCAAUGUGAGGCGUUGCAUUUUGGGAGGUCAAAAUGUACGAGGAAUGUAUGCAUGUAUAAUAAUGCAGUAAAUGGCAGCAGUGAUGUACAGAGGGAUUUUGGGGUGCAAGUCCAUAGCUCCCUGAAGGUGACAACACAAUUAGAUAGGAUGGUAAAGGUGGCAUACAGCAUACUUGCCUUAAUUGGUCAGGGUGAUGGGUAUCAAUGUCAGGAAGUCAUGUUGGCAGCUGUGUAAAACUUUGGUUAGGCCGCCGCAUUUGGAGUAUUGUGUGCAGUUCUGGUCACUGCAUCACAGGAAGGGUGUGGAGACUUUGGAGAGGGUGCAGAGGAAGUUCACUAAGACGUUGCCUGGAUUAGAGAGCUAUAAGGAGAGAUUGGACAAACUUGGGUUGUUUUCUGUGGGAUGUUGGAGGCUGAGGGAUGACCUGAUAGAAGAUUAUAAAAUAAUGAGAGUCCUAGAUAGGGUAGAUGGUCUUUUUCCACAGGGUGGAAAUGUCAAACACUAGAGGGCAUAGAUGUAAGGUGAGAGGGGAGCGGGAAAUUCUAAAGUAGAUUUGUGAGGUAGGUAUUUUGGGUGGCUGGAACACUACCAGGGAGGUGGUGAAAGCAGAUAUGAUAACAACAUUUAAGAACCAUUUAGACAGGCACAUGAACAUGAAGGGCAAAUUAGUUUAAACUGGCAUCAUGAUCAGCUCAGACACUGUGGGCCGAAGGGCCUAUUCUUGAGCUCUACUGUUCUAUGGUAAGAACUUGACUACAUUGUGAUCUUGUAGAAAUAGCAAACUUGUAUCCUAAAUAAAAACUUAGUACUGAUAAACAUGGUAGUCCAUUUAUGGAAAAUGAGUUGGGUAAAACUGGGUGCUUGAUGGUGUGGAUGUGGUGAACCAAAGGCUUGUUUCCAUGUUGUACAUCCAUGACUUCUUUGAAACUCAGAACUGUAACACCAUACUUGUAACAUACUCCCAUUGACAGAAUAUAACAAUGGUACAAACUCAUCGGUUUAAAAAAGUAUCCCACUUUUUUUUAAGUAAUUGGUCUGCAUCCUAUCACAAGCAUUUCUUCUGUUCUCUCCAUCUUUCUGCAACCUAGAACACUUGUCUUCUCACUUUCCCAGUUCUGAGGAAGGGGUUUUGACAGUGUUUCUCUCCCUACUCUGCUUUACCUGCUGAGUGCUUCCAGCAUCAUGUGUUAUUGUUUUGAACUUGCAGCAUUUUUUUGUUGUAAAUUGUAAAAUAAUUAUUUUCAUUCUGCAAUAAGUUAAUUUUAUAAAGAUAUUUGCUUUUCUUUUGUGCAAGCUAAAAUAUAGUGGGAACUUUAAUAAUUGCAGUAAA